UCAAAUAGAUAAGAGAGGUCAAAACAGUCUUCACAGAAGUAAACGUUGUAUAAAUCUAGGAGGGCUGUGUUCUUCCCGAGCCAUUUGGUUUCUGUUCUUUUGGGAGUAGUCCAAAGCAUGGAAAGAUAUGGUAAAAGUCCAUGGCACCGGAUGACAAGAACGGAUGGAUCACGAGAAGAUGACCACAAAGCUCCAGCAUUCAUCUCGCCAUCUUCAUCAACAAACGCUUUCCACGACUACGAUGCCGUGGCGACAGCAAAACGAAGGCCUUCCAAGACAACGUUGGCGGCUGUCUCACGAAUCCGAUCGCUGUUCACGGCGGCAAGCGGCGUCAAGAAGCAACCGGCGGGCCUCGGGUCUCGCGUGACCGGGACACUCUUCGGUCUCCGGCACGGUCACCAUCGCAACGUCCACUUGGCCUUCCAGCCGGACCCCAAGUCCCCACCGGUUGUACUCAUCGAGCUGGCCACGACGAUGGGCCCGUUCGUCGCCGACCUGGCGUCGGGGCCGGUCCGGUUCGUGCUCGAGUGCCGGAAGAGAACGGACGGCUCGUCGGCGGCGGCCCCGUGGGAGGAGGGGGAGUGGAAGGAGUUCUGCAAUGGGCGGGUGCGUGGCAGCGCGUGGAGGCGGCGGCACGAGGACAUCGAUCGCAAGGUGCUCGAGGCUUUGCGGCCGGUGACUUUUGGGGCGGGAAUGAUGCCAGACGUCGAAGGGUCCAGCGGGGAUCUGGUAUAUAUGAGAGCGAGGUUUGAGAGGGAGGUGAGGUCCAGGGACUCGGAGGCGUUUUAUAUGAUAGGUUCAGAGUCCGAGGGUCAUCCUGAGAUUAGUAUCUUCAUGUUGAGAAUUUAGUUCCCUUUUUUUUUCCCUCUUUUAUCAUGAACAUUGUUGGUUCCUUUAUCUACUUUAUUUAGGUAUCAUGUAAAGAGAGAGGAUUUGAGAAUCUUGGAAACAGAAGUCUAUUAAA